AUGGCAUACGAAUCCAGGCCUUUCGAUCCUUCCGAUUAUUCCUAUGUCAUUGGCAUUGAUUUCGGCACUACCUUUUCAGGAUGCUGUUAUUCCUUUACAAGAGAUAAUAGUGAAGAGAUCUUUGAUAUCAUUCGAUGGCCACGACAAACCAAUCCCUAUCCAAAGACACCCACGGUUGCAUUAUAUCCUCAUGGAUCAUCGAAAAUGACAGCAUGGGGUCAAGAAGCACGCAAAAUGGCAGCACGACGAGGCAACGACAUUUUAUUAUCUCGUUUCAAGCUUCACCUUGAUGAGAAUCUCGACCUUCCUCCACUUCCCAAUGGAUUAACAGCACUCGAUACCAUUUCGGAUUAUCUCGAAGCUUUCCAUGCUCAUAUUUGCAACGAACUUCAACGCAGCUUUGCAUCCAAUUACGAUCAAUCAAAGUUCAGAUAUUGCUUGACAGUACCAGCCAUGUGGAGUGAUCAAGCAAAAGCAACCAUGCGUGAAGCUGCUAUUCGAUCAGGCAUUAUCAAUCGCUACGACCAUCCCGAUCGACUCAUGCUCAUUAGCGAACCUGAAGCAGCUGCUUUGUAUUGUGAAAAGAAGUGCGACCAAUUCAACUUGGGCCAUGGCCAACGCUUUAUGAUUUGUGAUGCAGGCGGAGGCACGGUGGAUUUGAUUGUAUUUGAGAUUGAUGACUCUGGUAGCAGGAGAGCUCUCAAAGAAGUGACAAAGGGUCAAGGUGACUCGUGCGGCUCAACCUUUUUGGAUGCACAAAUGCGUGAAUACCUCAAAGACCGAUUCUAUGGGCUGGGUCGAGUGAGUGAUACAGCAAUGGAUUCGAUGAUGGAGAAUUUCAUUGAAGGCAUCAAGCCCCAAUUCGAAGGAGACGAGGACCAGUUUCUUUUAUUACCAGCAACACUUGGAUUAGCCAACAUGGAUGAUCCUGCCAAUGGUAUCGAGGAUGGCAAUUUACGUAUCACUGCCGAGGAUCUUUGUGAACAUGUGUUUGAACCUGUUGUGCGUAAAGUACUUGUAUUGAUUGAUGAGCAAUUACGACAAUCGCCUGUGGCCUUGGAUGCUAUUUUCCUUGUGGGUGGUUUUGGUCAAUCAGAGUAUCUCCGUCGUCGAGUGAUUGACGAGUUUGCCAACCGAGUUGGUUUUAUUGGUGUACCUCCUCGUGGUGAAUUGGCUGUUGUACGUGGUGCUGUCUAUUUCGGCCUUAAUCCUCAAAUGGUGACUGAGCGUGUUUCUCGACGAUCUUAUGGUGUGGAGACCCGUAUGGUAUUCGAUCCUCGUCUUGAUCCCCAAGAAAACUGUAUCGCUGGUGAUGGCGGUAGAAUGUUUUGCAAGCAGCGCUUCAGUGUUUAUGUACACAAGGGACAACGUGUCAAAGUGGAUGAGUGUGUUUCCAAGAAUUUCAUGAUUGCUUAUCCCAAUGACACAGAUACAGACUUAUUCGCCUAUGAUGGAGAUGGCACCAUUCCACGUUUGACAACUCAUCCACAAGUAUUCAAGGUUGCUCGUUUCCCUAUCAAGAUGCCCAAAUUUGCAGGUGUCCAAAAGGGUGAACCUAUUUUCAUGACCAUCAAAAUGUUCUUUGGCAUGACCGAGAUCAAGAUUGAAGUACAUAUCCGCGACCGUGUGUUUACAUUUACAUCAGCUUUUGAAACACUGGAACGUGGUCUUGGCGGUGUGAUGAAUGGCAUGAACAAUCUCGAUAUUCAUGAUAAGGAUCUUCCAGCGGUUCAACCUCGAGAUAGCCUUUUUAGCAGCAAUUCGAAUCUUUCAAGUGGCGGCAACCAAACGUCACCACAACCCUCACUGCGCAAUCAUGAUCCAUACAAUUAUUCAUCACCUGCUUCGCGUUACCCACGUAGCUUUGGUGGCGAGGAUGAUGGUGAUUCAAUCUAUGAUGGCGAAUCAAAACAUUCUGGCAAACAUGGCACUGCUAGGAGAUUACUCGGCUUCAAGUUUGGUAAACGUAAAGAUAAAUAG